GUUAAGCCUCACAUUCGCGCACAGUCGUAAAGCUUUUGCUUUUGCUCAUUAGAACGAAUGCGCUACCGAGUCGUAUAAUAUCUAUCAGCCAGGUAUUGUAGGCCACGUCUGUGACCAAGCGUUGUCUCUUUACCCGUGUUUCCUUUUUUUCAGGCAUUAAUAUAUUAACAGUGUAUAUGCAUCAUGGCUGUCAACAUUCCUGGAUUAAUCUCUGUUGUGGCGUUCUACAUCCUCAUCCUCGUCAUCGGCAUCUACGCCGGAAGAAAGGGCAGCAAAUCAAAAAGUCUAACAGAGGUCUUCCUCGCAGACAGAAACAUGGGCACAGUUGUGUCUCUAUUCACUAUUACAGCUUCCUGGGUCGGAGGUGGGUUCAUCAACGGCACUGCUGAGAUAAUAUCACUGCAGGGAUUAGCAUGGACCCAGGCUCCAUUCUGGUAUUCAGCCUCUCUCAUGAUCUGUGGCUACUUUUUCUGCCCAAAGAUGAGACGUGCCAACUACGUGACGAUGUUUGACCCCUUCCAGGACCGAUACGGCGCACGUGUCGGUGCACUGAUGUGCAUCCCACAGUUCCUCGCUGACCUCUUUUGGUCAGCAGCCAUUCUCUCAGCCCUGGGCGCAACCGUACAUAUCAUCCUGGACCUGGACGAGACCAUGUCCAUCAUUGUGUCUGCAGUCAUCGCCGUCCUGUACACCUUUGUGGGUGGACUGUGGUCAGUUGCCUGCACCGACGUUGUCCAGCUCAUAUGUUUGGCCGUGGGCCUUACAAUAGCUGCUCCUUUCGCCAUGCUACACCCUUCGGUUGACCUCAGCCGGAUUCAAGACAAAUGGCAGGGGGAGAUACUUCCUGAACAAAUAGGAAUUUUCAUUGACAUCUAUUGUCUCAUCGCACUUGGGGGAACAACAUGGCAGGAGGUAUACCAGCGAGCACUUGCGUGUCGGACCCCCGAGCAGGCCAGGUCGUCCACCAUGAUAGCUGGCAUCUUUUGUCUGUUGCUGCAACCCUGCACAGCGAAUCGCGGCGCCUUAGACGACUGGGCCACCCGUGCCCCCUCUUCGUCGAAUUACACUGAUUCAAUAGAUAUGGUGGGCUUGGGUGCUAAGUUCCCAAGGUUUCACAAUUUUAUAAUGAUUAGAUUCAUUCACGCUGCAGAUUGGAACGCCACAUCCUACACGGGGGAAGUCCCUAUCCCCCCAAGCCAGAUGGGAAUGAUCCUGCCCCUGUCCCUCCAGUAUCUCUGCCCCCUCCCCGUCGCCAUCGUUGGUCUGGGUGCCGUCUCCGCUGCGGUCAUGUCCUCCACAGACUCCAGCGUUCUCGUCACGUCAUCCGUCUUUACCAAGAACAUCUACAAGACUCUUAUUCGCACACGGGCUUCCCCUCGAGAAAUGAUCUGGGUGAUGCGAGUGACCAUCAUUGUGGCCGGAGCGUUAGCCACCAUACUGGCCAUCGUUGGGAAGAGUGUCUACGGUCUGUUCGUCCUCUCCUCCGACUUGAUGUACGUCAUCCUCUUCCCCCAGUUCGUCAGCGUUCUCUUCUCCAACACCGCCAACGCAUACGGGUCUCUGGUUGGCUUCGUCACAGGGUUUGUACUCCGGGUAGGCGCCGGGGAACCCCUCAUCCAUCUCCCCACCUGUAUACCCUUCCCGUUCUACACAGAGACUGAUGGCCAGAGGUUACCUUACAGGACCUUCAUCUGUCUUAUUACGUUUGCUGUAAUUUACGGCGUGUCUCGGUUGGCUGAUGUGUUGUUUGACAGGGAAAUUCUGCCCUCAAAGUACGAUGUAUUGAGACGCUCAAAAAACAUACAGAGGGAUGAGGCUGCGGAAGCUGAGGAAAUGCUUGACAGAGGAACCAUGCUUGACAAGGAAACUAUGCUUGACAAGGAAACUAUACUUGACAAGGAAAUUAACAAGGCAGAUUGUGAUGUGAUUGGCUCAAACAAUGAGAAACUAUCUUAAAAAAUCACAAUAAUAAUGUUUGUAAUUUUAAGAUGAUAGCCAAUUAUGACAUAUGCAUGUAUACCUAGAACAAUGUUAUAGCCAGAUUACAGUGUAUUCAUUACUGUGAUCACACAGCUAUAUUCGGUUUGCAUUGCUACAAAUACGUCAAAUGAAGUUUAACAGACAAUACAGUAAAACCUAAAAUGCAGAGUGAGUGAGUGUGAGUGAGUUGGGUUUAACGCCGCUUUUAACAGUGUUCCAGUUAUAUC